CAGUUUCCGCAGUUUGUUGUGGUUGCCUUGUGCGGGAGGGCGAGUUUUGUGUUGUGGCGUAGAAAACGGGAUAAAAGAGCCCCGGAAACGGAGACGCUUCCGGCAUGAGUGUUGUCCAGUCGAACAUCCGGAGCUUCAACAUCUCGGACGAUAUCCGGAUUGAGGUGAAAAAGUUUCGGACGGAUGCGGGCAUCGACGAGGUGGACAUUGACGACGAUGAGGAUGAUAUUUCCGUAAUCCAGAAAAUCCACAAAACCUUCGCCGACCCAAACGAGACGGACUUUGACCCGGAAACGCUCAAGUCCAUAAUCGCCCGGCUCGAUGGCAUCGAGAAGAAGCUGGAAAGCAUCAUAUUCGUAAACGCACAGGUCGACAGCCUGACCGCGGUGCACAUAAAUGGACUUAUCGGGCGUCAGUUUCUGGCUCAGCCGGCGGCGGCGGCGCCCGCACCGGCACUCGCCGAGGAACCGAUGGUGCAGGACGACAUGGUGGACGAAAUCCAGCUCGAGAUGGAGGAAGAUGAAAACGACGAUCUGAUCGGGGAGUUUAUCGAGCAGGACGAGCUGAAGCUGGUGGAGUUUCCCAUCAACCGGGUUGACGAUUUGAGGGAGCUGGAGGAAUCGAUUACCAGCGAUCAGGAGUCUUUUGUUUCAUUUGUCAACUUCUUGAGCGCUACCAUCCAGAAGCACAAUCGAAGCUUGGAACCGAUUUUGAGGGAUUUUGUAACUGAAAGUCUAAUCAACGAGCUGGGUUUCAUCGAUGGCGAAAUCAACAUGAUGGCUUUCUACAUCUUCAAUCAGCUGCUGUAUGAUGUUUGGAAAACGGAUUAUUCCACUAUGAACGACUACCGCAACCAGCUGAGGAGGAUUGUGGCCCGAAUCCAGAAUAGAAACCGAGCAACACGAAGCAGAUUACGAUAAAAUAUUUAUUAUUUCAAAAUAUAUUUUAUGGAUUAAAAUUUUCUAGCUGUGAAAUGAAA